AUGAACCCCCAAAAAACUUUGUUUUUUGUGUUUCACGGAAUUAUGCAUUUGAUAAUUGUCGCUGCCGCUAAACAGCUUCCUAUUUCUCGCAGAGCAAUAUUUUCCAUACGGGAAAACAUGCGCUUGAAAGGCCAUGUUGUUGAUAGUUUUAACUCACCCAGUUUAACGUCGUGCAGCCAUUCCUGUCUCAGAAAUUCAUGGUGUUCUUCCACAAACUUCAAGAAGCCAUCAAAGGAAAACGACCAAGGAACUUGUGAACUAAACCAACACGGAUUCCUCGACGAAGAUGCCGAGUUUCAAGACGAGCAAGGUGUAACAUACUCCAUGUUUCUCAAGGUAGGACAUGGGAAGAAAUUGUGUUCACACGUUUUCUCGUAUUCUUUUGUCAUUUCUCUGGAUUUACUUACUGAUGUCUCCUAUCUCAUAUUAUGUGUAAGUAUCAUGAAAAACUUAUGUUGCACUGGAACUUGGCUGAAAUGGUUUAGUCACAAUCUAAAGUGAAAAAGUAAUUAUUAAAAAGAAAAUAACAGUAUUUAUAAUAAACAGAUGAAGACAAUGAUGACCAUAGUGCAACUGAUAUGACAAUUCCAUAGACAAUUAAUGGAGGAGAUGAUUACAAAUGCAACAGUCAUGUAAUCAAUAAAAACAAUCAGUAUUUCAAACUUUAAGUUACUGGAGUUUGAUGUGACAUCACUAGUGUUGGCAAGUGUUAGUAUUUUGUUUAUAAAGAAGGAGCCAAAAAUAAGGCUCUUUUUGGUCUCAUAAAAACUUCGCGUUCUAUAAUUAUCAUUGUAUUUCAUUUGCAUAAUAUAUUCAGUGUUUUCUCACUACAAAGGUUAUUAUUAUCUAUGAGCCUUUCGUGCUUUACACUGUUUAUCAAUGGUUAUAAGUGCACGCCACUAUCUCAGAUAGAGCACAAGUGUGUUGUUAUCUUCCAAGGUUGAUAAAAAUAAUAAAAUGAGAAUAUAAGCGCAUAGCUUUUUGUUAAUAGAGAGUUGUACUUGGAGUUGUGGUCGAAAGUAUUGGAUUAAGAGCCAGAGUUUAAACUAAUCAAGGAGAAAAUACUGUGAACUUUGUAGCAGCAAAACAUGAUACAUUAAAGAAGAAAGCUCAGUUGUGUUCCAAGAAUCUCGGCACCUUCCACUCAGCGAAUUUGCUCAAGCCAGUUUCCCACUGACGUCACAACAUUAUUUUGAAUAUUUUGAAGAUUGUCAUUGUUAUGUUAUUCACAGAGAUGUGAUAUGACUGGUUGUCUCAAUGGUGGAUCUUGCAUUCUUGACGAAAACAAACAAACAUUUAAAUGUUGGUGCAAGGCUCCUUGGACUGGAGAAAGAUGUCAAAAUGGUAAGAUCUUGUUUAGGCUGAAAUCUGGCAAAGUACAUGUCAAGCGGGAUUUUCAAAAAAGCUAUUUACGUGCCCUGAGGAACUAGAGAUUUAUAAUUUCCCUAUGUAAGUCGUUUGGUGGAUUGGAGUUGGCUAUAACCUGUGAAAUCUACAUAAAACUUUGAUCUAUAGAGGAAAAUCUGGUGGCUCUUCCCGUCCGCUGUUCCUAGGUUAAAUUGGAAAGUGGAAUGCUAGCUUUUGUGGAGGGAGAAGAGUUGAAAGAUCCUGGUGAAAACCCUCGGAGCAAGGACGAGAACUGACAAUAAACUCGACUCUGAUGUGACACCAGGCCCGGUAAUCAAACUCGGGCUACAAUGUUAGGAGGGAGCCCUCUCACCACUGCGCCAUCCCUACUCCCUCUCAUAGUUAAACUUAUUUCUUUAUUAUCAGAGAUAUAAUGUAAAGAAGCGUUGUUCGGGGAGAGAUUUCCAGGUAGGAUGAAUGGGCCUCCCUCGAGUAAUGUCGCAGUAGCUUUGGCUCUUAGUUGAGCAGAAGCAGGCGGCGUUUAUCGGUCGCAGCUUUAGUGUUGACUUUGAUAUUUUGAUAGCUCCUCGUUCAUGUAAGGACAUCCGGGACUCAUGGGACUCCAUAGGGGACGGAGAGUACUGGAUCGACCCUGAGAACAGUUGCAAGCCCAUAAAAGUCUUCUGUGACAUGACUACGGAAGGAGGUAAGCUAAGUAUGGAAACGACUCAUUCACAAGAAAGCGAUUAUUCUUUUGUCUUACAACUGCUGAAUCAGGGUGAAUUCAGUUUUCAUUAAAAGUUUAGAAAAACUCACGCAUCACUUGCACUUUAAACAUUAUUUCACACGUCACAAAUCCAAAAGGGUAAACUUCAAAUUUCACCUCAUCUUGUCUUUCUGUAAAAUUUACGCAUCACGUAUUAAUUUUGGGCUUAAUCAUUUACGCAUAACUGUGGAAAAACUUUUAGAAAAAUAUUUACUUUUUAAGGUUUAAUUUGGUGCUAACAUUACCAUUUAUUAUCUCUUUUAAUAAAAAUGUACAUCCAAGCCAUUUCUCACGAAAGCUGCGUUCGAAUUGGUUACUUUACUCGCUGUCUAUUCCGUGAUAUAUAGUGAGUAAAGAAAUUAGGAACAUUUUGUUAUUAUAAACAAGGUAAAAUAAAAAUAUGAGGUUUUCUUGUCGUUUGAACGACUAAUAGAUCUUGCUGAAACAAUGAGAUAAUUUACUUUUGAUUCAUAUGCAUAAUGUUUAUUUGGGAUUUCUCUUUGUCAACUAUCAAGCGACAGAAAUCUCGAGCUCGUAUUGGAAUUGUGAAAUCUCAUUUUUUAUUCAAGCUGAGUGAUUUCUUUUAUUGAAAAUAGGCUUAAAACGCUGAAAGAAUUUUAAAUUCUGAUUUGUUCUAUUUCAGGAGGAUGGCUUCUCGUCGUAAACUUUGUGACUAAUGGCUCUACUUCAUUCACCAGAUGGACUUUAAAUUCAUCAUACCGAGCGAUCAGCAACUUCACCAGCAACAAAAUGGGUAUUACAACAAAGGCAAUGCAAGAUCUCAGAUCACACUUGAAUUUUACUCAGCUUAGAUUCCACUGCAGUAAGAAACAGGGACGUACGUUCCACGUGGCCACUGUGGCUAACAGCUCUGGCGAAGCUGUAGUUCAGUACUUUAGCGGUCAGACAAAUGUAGUGCCCACUUCAUGCGGGUCUUUUCAAAAAAUGCACGGGGAUAACUCAGAGCUGGCAGCGCAGUGUGAAAGGUGGGGACAUGAAAACAGGUACUAUGUGGGAAAAUGGGGAAAGGAAAACCAGAAAAGAGAGCAACGGUUGUACGAUAGGGCUGCAUUUGUUAAGUUUAAGUACUACUGGUAUUUGAGAGAAGACUACUGGUUCUGCGAUGACAUGACUAAUGGUACCAUCUCGUCGCCAGGAGACUUUUGGAAAAUCUACGUGCGUUAG